GCGUCUGCGGCGUUGCUGCUGUAUGAAGAAGGGAAUCGGUAGCCGGUAGACUUUUGUUUCCGUGUGUUUUCCGCUCGUUCGCCGGUUUUCUCGUUUACGUAAGUAGGCACUGUAAUAAGUGAGCAUUAGUCGAUAUCGUACAGACCUGCAUCGACAUGAGCGGGGAGUUAUCGGUCAGGCAGGCGCUGAAGGAACGCUCUCGGAAAAGGCGGGUUCUUCUCGUACAGCAGCUUGGGGACGGCUCAGCCAGCAGUUUGAGCCAGAUCCUCGGAAACACGAACGAAAGGCAACAGCUUGCGCAGGAUUCGAAGGAAACUCAAGGAGCCAGUCAAGCGAAUCCAGAUUCUUCUAAGGAUCCCAAGCAAUCCAGACUGGACAGCGACGGCUCGCGCUCGCCGAUACAUUCUGCUGACGACGAUUACGGUGAGGAGCAGGUUUACACGUAUCGCGAUUCCAGCACGUUCCUAAAAGGCACGCAGAGCGCGAACCCCCACAACGAUUACUGCCAGCACUUUGUCGACACUGGCCAGCGGCCGCAGAACUUCAUCCGGGAUGUCGGCUUGGCCGACCGCUUCGAAGAGUACCCGAAGCUCAAGGAGCUCAUCAGACUCAAAGACGAGCUCAUACGUGACACUGCAACGCCACCCAUGUACCUCAAGUGCGACAUGGAGGCGUUCGACUUCCGCAGCCUGAAGUGCAAGUUCGACGUGAUUCUGGUCGAGCCCCCGCUCGAAGAGUACCAGCGCACCUGUGGAGUCUCUUCCCACACCAAAUUCUGGAGCUGGGACGAGAUCAUGAAGCUGGAAAUCGAAGAAGUGGCCGCCUCGCGUUCUUUCCUGUUCCUCUGGUGCGGUUCAUCGGACGGCCUAGACCUGGGCCGGCUGUGUCUGCGCAAGUGGGGCUUCAGACGGUGCGAGGACAUCUGCUGGAUCAAGACGAACAUCAAGAACCCCGUUCAUCUGAAGAACCUGGAGCCCCGCGCGGUGUUCCAGCGGACAAAGGAGCACUGCCUGAUGGGCAUCAAAGGGACGGUGCGUCGCAGCACAGACGGAGACUUCAUACACGCCAACAUCGACAUUGACCUCAUUAUCUCGGAAGAGCCCGAGUUCGGCGGAAUCGAAAAACCCGAGGAGAUUUUUCACAUCAUCGAACACUUCUGCCUGGGCCGGCGCCGUUUGCAUGUCUUCGGCAGAGACGUGACCAUCCGACCAGGCUGGCUGACCAUUGGACCAGAUUUGACCAACAGCAACUUUAACAGUGACGCUUACAACGCUCACUUCAGCAAGGGUUCCGACUACUUGACCGGCUGCACAGAACGCAUCGAGAUCCUUAGGCCGAAGUCUCCGCCCCCAAAAGGCGGCAAAAACGCCGGUGGACCAUCUGGACUUUCGAGAGGAGGCAAUCGUCGUGGCAGAGGGGCACCUAGAGGUCGCUGACAUAGGGCCUCCAGAUAACUGGCAACCGACUCAUUGAUUCAGUGCUCUUUGUGAAACACUGUGGUUGCAAGUUGCCAUUUUUCUAGGGCAACUGUGAAGUUUCAAGGUUGAUGCUCUCCUAGACAAAGCAUAAAGCAGCAGGAAAGUAACACCAUCUACUCCUUGUAAGCUGCGCUGUGAAACUAGCGCAAGCAAGUUCACCACAAAGUCCAGAUUCCAGCUACGAUUCCGUAAGGCAUGGACCACUUACCUGUACAGCUGCUGAAGGCCAAUGUCAGAGGCUUUUCUCUGUCUAAAUGUAGUCCGUAAUCAUGAUCAUAUCUGCUUGUAUCCUAUCGCAGGCACUGACCAUUUUAUUGUCUCGUAUCUGCAUGCUAGUGAUGUAAUUAAGUGUUCCGCGUCAUUAUGUUCAGCAUGUCACUUUUACAUCCUCAAUACAAAGUUGAUAUUAAGGUAUGCCGCAUGUAGUUUUGUGUUGGAUUUUAUUUCUGGCUGCAGUCCAUCAACCUACCAUUGCAUUUUAGAAUGGAAUCACGAUCGUAUCAUUUCUCCAUUUUUUUGGACAACCAGCGUAAAUCUCCAACUUAUUGUUCCUCAUGCAUUGUGAGAUGUAUUUCUGUACAGCUGCUCUAAGGUGUAUGAUUUAUACAUGCAAAACAAAGCACCAAAGUGGA